AUGCAAAUUAAUAAAAUUACCAACAGUAACGAAUUCGAGACCUAUGUCAAAGAGGAACCAAUAAUCAAAAUAGAAAUUCCAAACCAUUACUUUUUAUUUACAGAAUAUAAUUUUUUUCAAUCAAAUAAUUUAGUGGCAUCCCUAGGUCAUUUGGAAACUGAAAAUAUCUACUCAAAUACAGAUGGUCUUGAACCUUUGCUUAAAGGAUCACUCAUAAAUUCUUAUAUUUCAAGUGUUAAAAGCUAUUAUUCAAAAAAUGAGAGAAUUCUUUUAAAAGAAAAUUUCAGCAAAUGCGAACUAUGUCCAAGUUCCCCAAACUCUUUUAUAUCAAGAUAUCAUUCAUUCACUUGGGAUUUAUAA